AUGGCAACAAUGCCGGCGACAGUCGUCUGCCCAACUCCCAGCGUACAGCUCAAGGACCUGAAAAAAGACCAACUGGAAACUCAUGAACGAAUCAACCAGCUAGUCUCCAAAAAUGCUGCCCUGGAGGAAGAGAAAAUUAAAAUACUGACGGCUCUACGCUCAGAGAGAACCACUAGGAGAAAUGUCCAAAAGGAGCGUAAGAUCAAGGAGAAGGAGACAAAUGAAGAGAUUCACUCUCUCAGAGAAAGUUUGAAACAGGAACAAGAGAGGAACAGAGAGACCCAGGAGAAGAAGAUUAAUGGUAUAUUAUCAAACAUACCAAACCAGAAUUUGAUGGACAAGGACGCAAAGUUCCAGGACAAUGAUAGGAAGUUGAGCCAUGUCGUCCAGGAAAAGGAUGAUCUGAUUGACAAAAUAAAGGAGGAAAAGACGGCUCUAGAAGUAAAGUAUUUGGAGAGCGAAGCCAAGCUCAUAGAGAAUGAAAGGCAGAUCAUCCAGAGGGAGGUAGAGUUUGAAACAAAACUCGCCACUCUGGAAGACCAAAUGACGUGUGAGCUCGCUGCAAAAGAGGAGAGCUUUGAGAAACGGCUUGAGCUGGAAAGAGAGAGCAGAGACAUGGAGUGGAACAACAAAGAGAGCCAAAUGGAGAAUGAAAUCAAGCUCUUAAAAGAGAAAAUCUCUGCUCUUCAGCUACAAAACCACUGCCUCAACGAGGUCGAAAAGAUGAGCAGAAGGAUGAAGAAGCAGCGGAUUACCAAAGAGAGCCAAAUGGAGAACAAAAUCAAGCUCCUAAAAGACCAAAACUCUGAUCUUCAGGUACAAAACCACUGCCUCCAGGAGAUUGAAAAGAACAGCAGAAGGAUGGCGGAGGAGUGGAUUAACAAAGAGAGCCAAAUGGAGAACGAAAUCAAGCUCCUAAAAGAGCAAACCUCUGAACUUCAGGUACAUUACCACAGCCUCCAAGAGAUCGAAAAGAACAGCAGAAGGAUGGCAGAGGAGUGGAUUAACAAAGAGAGCCAAAUGGAGAACGAAAUCAAGCUCUUAAAAGAGCAAAACUCUGAACUUCAGGUACAUUACCACAGCCUCCAAGAGAUCAAAAAGAACAGCAGAAGGAUGGAGAAUGAGUGGAUUAACAAAGAGAGCCAAAUGGAGAACGAAAUCAAGAUGCUAAAAGUGCAAAACUCUGAACUUCAGGUCAAUCUCCUUAGCCUGCAGGAGCUGGCUCAAAAAACUGAUAAGGAGAAGGCCAGAAUGAAAAAGGAGGAAGAGAAGGCCAAGAAGGCGACAGAAAAGAGGCUGAAAAAGGAGAGGAAAGAGGAGGAGGAGCGAGAGAAUGAACAGAAGGAGGAAAAUAGGAAGCAAGAGAAGAAAGAAUUGAAAAGACAGAAGAAGGAAAAAGAGGAGAUGGAGAAUAAAGUCAAGAAAGAGAGGAAGGAGCAGGCGAAGAGAGAGAAGGAGGGAUUGAAAAGACAGAAGAAAGAAAAGGAGGCGAGAGCGACGGAAGAGGAGCAGAAGGAGAAGAGAGAGGAUUAACAUCAUCAACCUUUCUCUCCACUUCACCACAAUCCCCUCCCCCUCCCC